AUGUCUUUCAAAGGAUUUAAAAAGGCAAUAGUUAGAACCCCCCAGAACUUUCGUGAAAAGUUGCACAUGGGAGGGGAUGUCACCCAUGACGCUGUUUAUGAAGAUGCUGAGCGGAGAUUCAAGGAAAUCGAGAUCGAGACAAAGAAGUUGAAUGAUGAGUCAAAAAAGUACUUCAAAGCCAUUAGUGGAAUGUUGGAUGAUCAAAUUGAAUUCUCAAAAGCCAUUGAAGAGAUCUACAAGCCAAUUAGUGGUAAAGUGUCUGACCCUAAUGCCGCUGUUCCUGAAGAUAACCCCGCUGGUAUUGAAGCAGCAGAGCAAUACAGAGGUUUGGUGUCGGCAUUGAAAGACGAGUUGAAGCCUGAUUUAGAUUUAAUUGAAAAGAGGGUUGUGGAGCCGGCCCAGGAAUUGCUAAAAGUCAUUGAAGGAGUGCGCAAGCUUGCAACAAAGAGAGAGCACAAAAGGGUUGAUCUUGAUCGUCACGCAAGAUCUUAUACCAAGUUACAGGAGAAGAAAGAGAAAACUGCCAAGGAUGAAGAGAAAAUGUACAAAGCGGAAUCCGAGCUUGAAAUUGCGCAGGCAUCCUUUGAUGAGUACAAUGACCUCUUAAAAAAUGAGUUGCCUGUAUUGUUUCAAAUGCAGAGUGAUUUUAUUAAACCUCUCUUUACCUCUUUCUACUAUAUGCAGCUCAAUAUCUUCUACACCUUAUAUAGUAAAACUCAGGAGAUGAAAAUUCCAUAUUUUGAUUUGGAUGGUGAUCUUUUAGAUGGUUACAAUGCUAAGAAAGGUGACAUUGAGGAACAAACGGAUGCAAUUGGUAUCACUCACUUCAAGGUUGGUUAUGCAAAGUCAAAAGUUGGAAGACUUCAUGCCGCAAGGGCUCAAACUGGUUCCCCUGGUUCUCCUGCUUCGCCAAGUGCUGGUCUGUUCCCAUCCAGCUACAGCUCAGAUUACAAAGCUCCCUACCAAUCCCCGCAAUCCACUCAACCUCAAGCUGCUUAUGGCCAACAUGCUGGUUUUGGUCAACAGACUUCCACUUAUGGUGCUGCUACUUCUCCACCACCACCACCUGCUUAUGCCAACACACCACCUGCCACUGCCCCUGAAGUCUGUAUUGCCCUUUAUGACUACACUGCUCAAGCUCAAGGUGACCUUUCAUUUCCAGCUGGUGCAACCAUUGAAAUCAUCAACAAGGAUGAUCCUGGAUGGUGGAUGGGCAAAUACAAUGGAGUUACAGGUGUGUUUCCCUCCAACUAUAUAAAGAUGUAG